AUGGCUUACUUAUUCGAAAAUAAAGUUUAUUGUUAUUAUUGUCGUACAGCUUAUUUUGGUGAUUUUCAUCCGGAACCGAAUAAAAGUGGUGAUGCUAUCAAAAUACAUUCUGAUUGUGUAUAUUUAGUUAAACAUCAACAGAAACCAACAUUUGCUGUUCAACUAAACCUUACACAUCAAAUUCAAAAAGCAAAACGGCGACGUAUACUUUUUAUAGAAAUUCAAUGCAUCAAAUACCUAUUGAGACAAGGUCUAGCUAUUCGUGGGCAUGUUGAAGAUGAAGAAAAUUUAAUACAGUUGUUAAAAUUACGUGCAUCUGAUGUUGAUGGUCUUUCUCAAUGGAUAAAAGAAAAAAAUUAUUUAUCACAUCAUAUUAUAAAUAAGAUUUGUCAAAUCAUUUCCUUAUCAAUUAUUCGUGAAUUGAUUAAAGAAAUUUCUGAACCUAAAAUCUAUAGCAUAAUAUGUGAUGAAACUAGUGAUGAAUUUGGUAGAGUACAAUUAUGUUUUACGAUUAAAUCUGUUGAUAAUGAGUUUAUCAUAUAUGAAGAUGUACUUGGAAUGUACAUGAUCGCAUUACAAAGUGCAGCAGAUAUAACUGAAGUUAUUCUUGAUAUUUUAUAUCGAUGUAACUUGGAUAUAAAAGAUUGUAGAGGAAAAGGGUAUGAUAGUGCUCCAUCUAUGGCUGGUCAUUUAUCUGGUGUAGCAGCCAGAAUUCAAAGUUUAUGUAGCAAAGCGUUUUUCGUUCAGUGUAAUGCGCACUCUUUAGAUCUUGCAUUACAAGAUUUAACUUGUACAUCAUCAAGUGUUUCUACUGUUUUAAAUAUAACAAAUGACAUUAUCAAUUUCAUGAAAGAUUCUCCAAAGAGAUUGAGUUUAUUAGAUACAUUAACAAAUUGA